GGGGAGUGUUUGAGGCAAUAUAAACAAGGGCACCAUGGGGCAAAUGAAUUAGUGUGUGAUUUUUUUGUAGAAAACACAGUAGUCUGGGAUGAGCUGCGGCUUAGGGCAAAUCUGCCACACGGGGUGGUAGACCGCAUACUUUGUAUUCCUUCUUGUUUGAUGCGAAGUGAUUGCUGGUAUUGGCGAGGGAAUCUGCAGGGUAAUUAUUCAGUUAAAGAUGGGUACCGCAAGCUUAUGGGAGAGGCGACCCAUGUCGCUACGUUUACAAAUUGGGGCAGAUUCUGGCGUAUUCCAGUUGCUCCAAAAGUGAAAGUAUGUAUUUAGAGAGCAUUAAGGGGAGUUCUUCCCACCAUGGGAGCUCUCAAUUUGAGAAGAGUGGAGAUUGUAGAUAAGUGCCCUCUGUGUGGUAUUGAUGGGGAGACUGUGGAUCAUCUCAUUUUGAGGUGUCCGUUCACAGAAGUGGUGUGGAGCUUGACGGGUAAGGGGGGAGGUCGGGAUUCUUUUGUUAAUUUUGUUUCUUGGUUUCAGGCACGCACCCAGGUGGACUCGCUUGGAGAUUUGCAAGUCGUGUGCUGGACAAUCUGGAGCAUUUGGAAGGUCAGAAAUGAUGUCGUGUGGAAUCAGAGUGCUCCUCUACCCAGUUCCGCAAGUAGACUCGCCAUGGACAUGUAUAAAGCAUGGUGUGAUCGGUUUCAAGCUGGUCAAACGGAAGAGCUCACUCAUACAGGAACAACGGAUAUAGUGCAACAGUCGCCAAGGAAUAUUUAUUGCUGGUUCGAUGCCGCACUCUUUCCUCAAGAAGGUACUGCUGGUUUUGGAUGCUAUAUAUUAUUAGCAGACGGCUCCUUUGGAACUGCUUUUAACGGGCCGAUUCAAAGCACCCAAGACCCAGCGAUGGCAGAAAUCAUGGCUUGCAAAGAGGUAUUAUCUUGGCUUAAAAAUAAUGGGUUUAGGGAGGUCCUACUUUUCUCGGACUGUUUGAAUUUGGUCACAUCUUUGCAAGAGGGAAAUGAAGCUUCCUAUCGUUCUUACUUUGGUGCUUCUGUUGAUGAUUGCUUGUCGCUUAUGGCGUUCUUCGAUGUUAUUACUUUAUCUUUUGUUCGUCGGGAAUGUAAUAGUAAGGCUCAUUCUUUAGCAAGAAGAGCCGGGACUCAAUUUCGGGAGUGGGAUUCCCCUCAUAGUUUCGCUUGAUAUUUAAUGGAAUGAUUGUUUUAUUUUGAUCAAAAAAAAAAUAGAAAAUGAAAAGAUUUUUUUGAGACUGGUGAAACGAGAAUGAGGAAAGGUUGUAAGGGAUGGAGGUGGUACAUAUUUAUUUCUUUAAAAAGGAUAGUAUAAAAUAUAUUACAGAAUAGUCU